AUGGGGAGCAGUGAUGAUGCUGCAAGUGCGACGCCAAACGAGGCCACCAUGUUCGCCUUCUAUCGAUAUGAUCCAAAUAUGGCCGGCGCCGUGAUCUUCACUAUCCUGUUCACGAUAACGACGGUCUGGCACGCGGUGCAGCUGUUCCGAACUCGAACUUGGUUUUUUAUCCCAUUCGUCGUGGGCGGCAUAUUUGAAAUCAUUGGCUACAUCGGACGCGCCCUAUCGAGUCACGAGAGUCCAAACUGGACUCUUGGUCCCUACUUGAUCCAAACCUUGUUCCUCCUUCUUGCACCGGCUCUGCUAGCCGCCUCUGUUUAUAUGCUCCUCGGGCGCGUCAUCUUGAUUCUACGAGCAGAGUCCCAUGCAAUCCUGAGCAAAAAAUGGCUGACCAAGAUCUUCGUGACGGGAGACGUCCUUUCAUUCUUCCUACAAGGAGCCGGCGGCGGCAUACAGAGUAGCGGCAGUCUAGACAACAUGAAGCUAGGCGAAAAGAUCAUUGUAGUGGGACUCUUCGUCCAGAUCUUCUUUUUCGGCUUCUUCAUAAUCACAGCCGGCAGCUUUGACUUGAAGCUAAGGAAAUACCCAAUCCCACGAUGCCACGAUCCGUCGAUCCCGUGGAGGAAGCAUCUAAAUGUCCUAUACGCGACCAGCUUCUUGAUCAUGGUGCGGUCGGUGUUUCGCUUGGUGGAGUAUCUUCAGGGCAACAAUGGAUUUCUUUUGCACCACGAGAUCUUCUUAUACAUCUUUGAUGCCGUAUUGAUCUUCAUGGCUAUGGCUAUUUUUAACAUCUUUCAUCCUAGUGAGCUGACGCAUCUGCUGAGGGAGGCACACGAGUACGAGCUUCAGAGUUCGUAUGAUAAAUAUGGGGUGUAA